UCUAGGCCUCAUAGGCACAACACACAAUCAUGUGACAUGCGCACUCGGCCCUGUUGUUGAGUUUGUUAUGACAAGUCGAGGCCUCGGACUAAAUUAGUAGCGAAGCCCCCGUCUCUGUCCGGGCGAAUCCGUGAUGGAAGGCAUGGACCUGGACCUGGACCAGGACCUGGUGCAGAAAUUCAGCUGCAUGGGCACAACCGACAAAGAUAUCCUAAUCUCGGAAUUUCAGAGGCUUCUCGGCUUCCAGCUAAACCCCGCCGGAUGCGCCUUCUUUCUGGACAUGACCAACUGGAAUUUACAAGCAGCCAUUGGAGCCUACUACGACUUUGAGAGUCCCAACAUCAGCGCACCGUGCAUGUCCUUCGUGAGCGACGUGACGAUCGGAGAGGGAGAGUCGGUUCCACCGGACACACAUUUCACAAAGACCUGGAGAGUACAGAACACGGGUUCAGAGUCAUGGCCUCCCGGGGUUUGUCUGAAGUAUGUUGGCGGAGAUCAGUUUGGUCACGUAAACAUGGUGAUGGUACGGUCUCUGGACCCUCAGGAGAUUGCUGAUGUCAGUGUGCAGAUGCAGAGCCCCGCGUCUCCUGGCAUGUACCAGGGUCAGUGGAGGAUGGCCACAGCCACCGGACUUUACUAUGGAGACGUCAUUUGGGUGAUCCUGAGCGUGGAGGUCGGAGGCCUCCUCGGCGUCACGCAGCAGCUGUCCUCUUUUCAAGCAGAGUUCAACACGCAGCCCCACCGCAGCCUGGAAGGAGACUACAACCCAUUCGCCUCGCCGGAGAAGAGCAAGUGCCCCAACGGCAACAACAACAGCCUCCACGACGCCAGCGUUCAAAGGGUCACAGAGGAACAUUGGCAGGGGAGCCCCGACCAGCUGCAACAAGAUCAGAAUGGACUUUCACAAAACUCUGUGGAUUUAGUAGCAAAUAGUCUACAAAGCAAUCUAUCAGUAGUCUCUUAUAACCAGGGUAUACAGGAGCCCUAUCCUUUCGGGCACUCUUAAAUCACGGGACACUUGUCACAGCGCGGCAGCACUAAACCUCUGGAGUCUGUCACACCGAUGAGAGAAAGUAGCUGGCCCAGAUUGUGGCGAUUUUUGAAAAACUGUUUAUGCAAAGCCCGGCUCCCCUUUGAGAAACCAGAGGCCGAUGCUCUCGACGUGCAGCUCAACCAACACCCGCCACCUGCUGUAUGCACGAGUGAAUGCUAAGUUAAAAGUGAGUGCUAUGAAUCUUUUGAGUGGUGACUUUUUCUUCUUACUUUUUUCAGAUUUUUCUUCUUUUUUUUGUUGUUGUCAAAGUGCAAAUGAAGAAAAAAAAAAAUGACAGGGGUGUGUAUUUGCAAAGUGGUGAUUGUGGUGUGUGUGUGUGUGUGUGUGACGCAUUGUGCAACCCGAAGGAGAGACUUUGGAGGAAAAGCCAUUUAUUUUGCCAUCUGAUUCUCCAGUUUCUCGGCUGCCUCUUGGUAUAUUAACUGGGUUUCUGUACCGGUUCCCUGUAACUAAAUGUAACCGCCGGCCUCUCCGAAACAAACCACUGAAUAUCAUUACUGGCUUUUUGUAUUCAUUAUUUUUAAUAUACCCUUUUAAACAAAGAUGGGUGGGGCACGGGGGCAGCCACAUCCUUCCUAAUUAUAUCUUUAGCUCAUUCGGCAUGGCUCGUGCAUGGCGCAUUUCGAUGCUGCCUGCGUACCAGCGAUGUGCAGCUUCAUCUGCACUGCACCCAAGAGGAGAGCUUCACUCUUUAAGCAGAGCUAUUUUAUUUACAGUAUCUGCCACAGCAGCGGCAUGCUGAAGUUUUGUUUUGGGGUUUUUUUCACACAUGAAAUAAGAGUCGUUGCUUUGCACACAUACAUAUCUGACAUAUUACAAGAAUAUUAAUAGAGUAUUCCUUAUUCGUCAUAAAGUCGUAUUAGAGAUCUCCCCGAUUAUUAUCUGAAGCUAUGAGUUGGCUGUGUUGCACAUGCACCCUCACAUAAGACAUUGAAUUCAAGCCAUAUGAAAAGCGGUUUAAAAACAACCGUACUCUAUGAAAACAUCAUUGUUCCUUUUUAUUUGAAAGCCGUCUUGAAAUUGCUUUUAUCACAUUAGAUUGAAUGUAUUUGAAUGUAGAAUGGAUAAUGUUUAUUAAUUCACCCAAAGAUUCAACAUUGUAUAUUUGCAUUGAACUGGCGGUUUUAUUAUUGUAAUUACUGUUCUGAUUAUCCCCGUCUAUUGUUAAAAUUCUCCACCUCACUGUCUCCAAAAUGUCUCACCAAUCAUCGCUGAGCUUUUAAAAAACCCUUUCGAUCCUGCUUGAUCUUUUUCAGUAUCAAUGCAAAGAAAUGACGGACCUUUGUUCUCUUGAAGAAUCGUGGCAGCGUCUCUACUCACACUAACCGGCUGAUCUAUGCACCAAGCGCGCCCCACCCACCCCCCCCGAGAGGCUGGGUGGUUUUUAUCGCAUCAUCUGCAGUUAGACCCGAGGGGUAAAAAUCCCCUUUUCAUUUAGGCGCUAACUGCGAGCCCCCCCCGGGGGCGUGCUGGGCUUUGGCAACGAGAUGAUAGCGCUGCAUGCCCCCGCGGCUCUCCGUGCAUCACCUGUGCAAAAAUCCCAAUGCUAAAUAUUUCCCACGGCCGUCCCAAUUCGUCCCCUGUGGUUCUUUCUUGUGAGAUGGACUGAAUCGGUCGGCCUCAGACUCACGCAGCAGCACAUUGACGAGGAUGAGGAAGAGCAACCAGAUGAAAACUGGUUUCCUGUAUGUGUGAUGAUUGUUUGUAUGAUUAAAUUAUCACUGGAGACCACA